AUGGCCCAUGUUCACCAGAUAAUUGCCAAAUCUAUACUUUCCUUGUUUAUUGACUUGGAUUUACUAGCUUUUGCAAUAAAGAAAAACCUCAUGCACAUAACAGAAGAAUCGAUGACAGAAGAUGACAAGAGGAGAAACUAUGGUGGAGUAUAUGUUGGUCUGCCUUCUGAAGCUGUCAAUAUGGUAUCCAGUCAAACAAAGACUGUACGAAAAAAUUAGAAGAAAAUCACAUCACGGCUCAAUAAUUAAGAGCUUGCUUAUCAAUUUGGAAGGAAUUUGGCUCCGUGGGACAUUGUGAUGUGCACACACAUUUCCAAGAAUAUUCUUAACAAUCGCUCUCCCCUCUUCUGCCCCCCAAAUCUCUAGUGUCUACUUAAUACCAUGGGUACGGAUUGAAUGUUGUGGUAACAGAAGGGAGUUGGCUAGAUAGUACACUUGUUUAUGGAACUUUCUGUGGCCCAGCUACGAAAGACAGUUACUCCUGUCACGGAGCCUGGUUGCUGACCACGGCAUCUCCACUUGACUGCGCCACAUGGUUCACAGAGGUCACGUCUUUCCACUGAUACUUUUUGAUAGUUUUUAUAUUUAAAAAAAUCCUUAUUCUAUUUAUAGCUUAAGAUGAGGCACUAUAAAUGAAUUACCUAAAAUAAUAUAUUUGUCUGUUAUCUUUCACUAUUUUUACUUCACAUCAAUUUUUAACUGUCAAAUGGGUAAAUUGAUUCUUAUUACUAUCUCUUGCCUCUUUUUACUAUUUGGUUUUCAAAUUUUAUUUAAAUGUCAAAGAAUUUCCUUUCUUAAGAGAAGUGUAUUUCAUUGGAAUAUUUUAAUAUUUAAAAUAUUACUUAAAUUGCAUGUCAUAUGUACAUUUUGAUUGAAUUUUUAUUUUCUUUAGUCAAAGGCAUAUGUAACUACAAAUACUUCAUAGCCAUCAAGUCUCGCAUUCUACUUUUGUGUGACCAUGGCAUCUCAUCAUGUUAAUUCUAUACUGUUUUCAAGGACUUGUGAUUUACGGUUAGAAAGAUAUCUGGAAAGUUAUUAAUUUGAUAAUGAUGUGUAUCUAUAUAGUACUGCAAUGUAAAUUACUCAAUUUACCAGUGUAUUUCAACUAUUAAAAUAUUUUUAUCCCUCUUCA